AUGUACAAUAUAUAUUUGAUAUCAAUUGAUAAUAAUUCAAGUUAAAGUUUUACUGUUAAUGUAAAACCUUUGGGAUCUAAUUAAUCCAUUCGUUUAAAGUCAAUUAAAUAUUUACAUACUUUGAAUUUAAAGGGAGAAUUUACAAAAUAAGAUAUGAUUAUAAGGUUGGUCAAUUUAGCAGAGCUAAGAAUAUUCUUUCAUAAAUUCUAGUUACAAAAUUUAUAAGAAGUUAUUACAUAAACUCAUUUAUUUAUAAAUUCAGCCUUAUAUAUUUAUCUUCAAAUUAAAUUUAAUUAGAUAUCAGCUUUAUUCAAAAGUUAUUCUAUCUUUACUAUUUAUACUUGUAGAUAAUCUAAUCUAUUAUGUAUAAAGCAAACGAAAGAGCAAUAUAAGUAGAAAUGUAAAAAUUAGAAUUUUGUAUAAUAUUUAUAAAAAAUCAAGACUUUAUAAGACGCCUAUGUGAUAAUUAAAAAGUAAUAUAAAAACAAAGAAAUUUUACCAGCAAUCAAAGAACUUUUGAUUUAUAAUGAUUUUUCCAUUAUAAGCAAAGAUUUCUAAUAAAUAUAUUCAUCAGAAUAAGAGUUGUCAGAAAUUUAUAAGGAGUUACUAAAUAAAAUAUAAUAUCUUGAGGAUUUGCUUAUAGAUACCUAUACUUCAAAAUGCAAUUUAAAGUCUUAGUUUGACAUAAAUAUUGAUAAUGUUAAAUCAUUGUGGAAAAGAGACUUUUCGGAACUUAUUUAUAUAUUUUAAAAUGAAUUAAAAAUGAAUUAAAAAUAAAUUUAUUUAUUUUAGGAAACAUUUUUUAUCUUAAACCUCUAUAGCAUAGGCUUAUGUUAUCACAUAGGCAACCAGUUAAAAAAAUAUAUUACUUUAUAAAUCGUAAACUAAAGUAAUUUAAGAAGAUUAAUUUUAUGAUUAUAAAAAAUCAAAUUUUAAUUGACAAGGUUAUUGACAUUUUUCGUUUUGACUAAGAGGAUAAUAGGCCAUUAUAGUGUAAUAAAGAUAAUUAUAAAAGUAUUCUUGUAAAAAUUGGAUAUUCUAAGUCAACACAUAGGAUUAUUGAUGCCAAACAUUAAACUUAUCUAUUUUGAUUAAGUAGGUUAAAGUUUUGAUUGUGAAAAGCAAGUUUAUUUAUUUCUGAAAGGAAAAUUGAGUGUUGAUAGUAUUCUAAUUUUAGAAAGUUUUUAAAUUCUGAAGCCUACAAUAAUGCGUAUUGUUUAUCACUAUUAAGUAACUUUUAGCAGAAUACUUUAUAAUCAAAUUGUUUAAAUGAAUAGAUAGAAGGAAAUUGAAGCUAAAUUAACCUAUUUGAUUCAAUUCUCAUUUUUUUCUUGUAUUUAUUUAAGUUCAAUCUAUGCUAUUCUUGAUUAAAUUCCACUUAAAACUUAUUAAUAUAAAACUAAUCUUAGCAUUAUUUUACCUGGAAUUGUUUGCAUAAUAAAAUAAGGGUAUCAAUUUCUUAUCAAAAUAGAUCAGUUGUACUCCAGUCUGUUAAAGGACCUAUUCACAAAUAAUUGUACUAAUUUUUAAUAUAGUAGUUCAAUAAUAACAGAAAAAGAUCUUUUUGGAGAGGCACAUUUUAUAGAUGAAGAUAAUAAAAUAAAUUUAAAAUAGUUUUAAUUUAAUUAAAAUUACUAUGAGGCCAUUUGUAACUCUUAAGAAGUAGAAUUAUAUUUAAUAAAUGUAUCUGAAAUAAUUCAUUCUCUGAAUUCUUAAUAAUUAAAAGUAAAUUAAAAUUUAAUUUUUAGUUAUAUCUAUAAAAAAAGUUUAAACAAAGAAUAUCACAGUUAAAUUAAAAUAUAGAAUAAAAUCAAUCAUUUUCAAAACCUCUGUAAUAAUAACAAUAAUAACUAUCUUAAAAAAGAUUAAGAACAAAAACUAUAGGUUCAGAUUCAUAAUAUGAAAAUUUAAAAUAAAAAGAAUCAGCAGCCAUAGAUAAAGUUAAAGAAGUUGUAAGAAAUAUGAAUUUUUCAUAUUCAAGAACAAGAAAUUAUUUUGCCUCAAAAUUAGGAGCUUAAAAUAUUUUAUUUCAUAAGGCUUUUAUGUAUUAAUAUACUCCAUACAAUAUUAAAAAGUAAAGAUAAUCAUCCUUAUCUUCUGCAAUCAAACAAAAGUUAAGCUAAAGAACAGAAAGAUGCAAGACUAUGUCUAAUAUAGAAAUUAGAACAAUAUUUUUAUAAAAUUGUUUUUAAAAAGGCCAUUAAGAGUAAAAGGAAAAAUAAUCCAAAUAAAAUAUAUUUGAUUGA